UGUUUGAAACCCAAGGAUCCGGCAAGUCUUUCUUCGCGCAUCGCUCGCCACGAGGAGCACUACGAGCAGCUGCAGAGACGCCAUCACAGCAUCCUACGUGCCUACUUUCCUAGCGUUGUUGCUGGUCUGCCGCCCAGCCAGAGGGCCGUCUAUCCUCAAUUAUGGUAUGGCGUGCGCCGCCCACGCGGCGAUGAGAUGGGAUGGCUGUCCAUGGAUCCGUCUACGCCGCACGAGCGAGGGCCAGAGACUCAGAGUAUGCACGCUCUCGCGUGCUUCUCCUCUGGAACAAACUCCAUCCGUAAGGCUAACUCGCUGCGGCACUGCGGGCGACGCUUGCCAGGGGUCAUCAGUCUAACCUUUCGGGAGUUGGGUCUUUACAACAUGGCACCACCAUGGCAAUCUGGACCUGGGCCCUGUCCACGGCAGUCGUUCUUAUUGGCAUUUGUGCGCCUGGCCAAGGGAACCCCGACGCUGCAUCCAACCGUUUGCGGCGCAUCAAGAAGGAAAGAAAAUUACGGUGCCUGGCCAAAGCUUCCUUCCCCAAGCACGCUCUGGGAUGGCCCUGGGCUUCCUGGUCUCUCUGAUGCAGAUGAUGUUGGUGGAUUUGAGGCGGGGCCGAUGAUGGGGACCCCAGUGCCGUUGCGCCGUGGGAUGAACGGCCAGAAAGUUUUGGCCCAUUGCCAAGAUUGGCUAUCGGCACUGGACAUAUUGCCUUGCCAUUUCGAUGGAGGAGCCGCCUCUUCAGAUUUUGCUGCUUUGAAGCCCUUUGACUGGCCCAAACUGCCCAUCUUUCCUAUGCUAUCCAUCGACGGCCCGCCACAAGUAAGAGAGGCAACCGCUGGAGAGGGGAAAUGA